AUUUUGGAAGGUAUUAAGUUAAUUUUAAUUUUGACUGUUUGGUUCAUUGUUGUCUCAUUAAAAGCAUACAUCUCUUACACCUAAUAAAUAAAACAACAAAAAAAUGACGAGGUAACUUGGAAGCGUUUCCAUGGACAACAAGAUGAAAGUAUGUGUCCAUGAGGCUGCAUGUAGUAUGUGUGUGUACCUGUGUGUACGUUUUUUCUUUUUGGACCUUGCAUCACUAAACUGCAGACGGCUUCUUUGCGGCUCCAGCCAUCUUUUCCGAGAGCAGACGACGACAGAGCGUCGAGGCGCUCCUUCCUUUAAGCUGUUAAAUAACUCAACCUUUAGGUUCACCUUUGGCCCAUCAAGUUUUCCCGGGUAGGAGAAGGAGGGGGGAGGCGACGCGCGUGACGAAUAACUCCCGAUGCUCUUGACAGGUGCGCUCUUGCUUUUUUGACGCCGACUGAGCAAAGACGGGAAUUGGACAUGGCCGGGUACAAGCCAAAGGUGAUCUCUCUGACCAAGAGGCCCGGUCAGACGUUCGGGUUCUACCUGAGGUUGGAGCACGGUGAAGAGGGUCACCUGAUCCGCUCCCUGGAAAUGGGAGGUCCGGCCGAGUUGUCCGGCAUGAAAGACGGGGACCGCGUCCUCCGAGUCAACGGCAAGUUUGUCGACGGGCUUUCCCACUCGGAGGUGGUGGAACUGGUGAGAAGCGGCGGGCCCACCGUCACCUUCCACACGCUGGACGAAGCUUCCUACAAGCUGGCCAAGACGCAGGGGGUGAACCUGGGCGAGCCCCAGCGCGCGCCGGCCGUCAACGGUGUGGGCCAGCGCGCUCCGAAACCGAGACUCUGCUACCUGGUCAAGUCCGGCUCCGGCUACGGCUUCUCUCUUCGCUCAGUCAAAGGCGAGCGGGGCGUGUUCGUGACGGAGGUGGUGCCGGGCGGCGUGGCCGACCGGGCCGGCGUCAACGCCGACGACCGUCUGCUGGAAGUGAACGGCGAGAACGUCGAGAGAGACACGCACGAGCAGGUGGUGGACAAGGUCAAAAUGGCGGGCGGGAGCCUGAUGUUCCUGUUAGUGGACGAAGAGACGGACCGCUAUUACCACAGCGUGAACGCCAAGGUGGACGCCCGCUUCGCCACGACCAGGUGCCUCCCUCACGAGCCCCGCAUCGUCCACUUGAGCAAAGCGCCCGGCGGCUAUGGCUUCCUGCUCAAGGAGGCGGAAAACAUGACAGGACACGUGAUCACGGAUAUAGACCGAGGCAGUCCGGCGGAGAAAGGAGGCCUCAGGGACAUGGACCGGCUAGUGGCUGUGGACGGCCGGCAGGUUGACGCGCGCACUCACGAGGAAGUGGUGGACGCCAUCAGGGAGAGUGGGAACAAAUGCUGCCUCCUAGUGGUGGACAAGGUCACUGACCUCAUGUACGCUCAGGGUAAAGCAUCACCGAUGCUCUUCUGGGAGGAAAAAAAGGACUCCGUUUAUCCGCCCAGUUACUCCGAGGCCACCACCUUCCCCGCCCUGUUCAAAACUCCUCCGACUGCUGAGGAGAGGAAGACGGAGGAAGGGGCGGAGCUCAAACCGAAGUUGUGUAAGAUGGAGAAGACGGCCGCUGGAUACGGAUUUCAUCUCAACGGCAUCCAGGGCGUGUUCGGACAGUACAUUAAAGAGGUGGUGAAAGGCGGCGCCGCCAGCUCGGCCGGCCUGGAGGACGACGACGUCGUGGUGGAGGUGAACGGGAAGAACGUGGAGCAGUGCACGCACGAGGAGGUGGUGGACAUGAUCCGCGGGACGGGCGAGUGGCUGGAGAUGCUGGUGGCCGCCAAGAGCGUCUACGAGAGGCUCAAGGCCAACGGGACGCCCGUCACGCGCCAGCUCCUCGGCGAGACGUCGCAAGCUCAAAUCCACAGCGAAGACCGGGAGGCGGCGCCGGCCAGGGAAAGGACCUCAUCUGUGUCAUCUGCUAGUAGUUUGGAUGAAAGACUUUAAGCAGUGACAAGGUGAAGUUAAACGUUCUUAUUACCUCACAAUCGUCAUCAAUGGACCGAAAAUCCCGGAAAAAAAAUACUCGUAAUUUAUUACACAUUUGACCUGUUUACAUGUAAAAUUGAACACAGCUCAGCUUUAAAUUUUUUUUGAUAAUCUUGUUGUACUCCCAGUAAUUACAUAUACA